AUGAAGCAGUGUAUGAAAUUUUUCCCACUACUGGCCCUCGUAGUCAUAAGCUUAACCGGAACGGCUACCGUAAAGGCUGCGACGGGAUUGAACCCUCCGGUGAAGCUGGUUUGGCAUUAUUACAAAGUUACCAACACUUGUGAUGAUGCAGAGGCUUAUAUUAGACACCAAGUCGAAAAGUUUUAUAGGAAUGACACUAGCAUUGCUCCCAAGCUUCUUCGUCUUCUUUACUCGGAUUGUAUGGUUAACGGAUGUGAUGCUUCGGUUCUUUUGCAAGGACCAAACUCAGAGAGGACAGCUCCACAAAAUAGAGGACUUGGAGGUUUUGUGAUAAUCGAUAAAAUAAAACAAGUUCUUGAAUCACGUUGUCCUGGUGUUGUUUCUUGCGCUGAUAUACUCAAUCUUGCCACUAGAGAUGCUGUUCACAUGGCCGGUGCACCAUCUUAUCCUGUGUUCACGGGGAGAAGGGACGGUGGUGCACUAAGUGCAGACGCUGUGGAUCUACCGUCACCGUCUAUCUCAGUCGAGGAGUCACUGGCAUACUUCAAUUCCAAAGGUCUUGACGUUUUGGACAUGACUACUCUUCUAGGAGCACAUUCGAUGGGGAAGACACAUUGCAGCCACAUAGUGAACAGGUUAUACAACUUCAAGAACUCCGGAAAACCAGACCCGACCAUGAACACAACAUUGGUGUCACAACUUCGAUAUCUUUGUCCACCAAGAACACAAAAGGGUCAAACCGAUCCACUCGUUUACCUCAAUCCAGACUCAGGCUCGAGCAACAGAUUCAGCAGCUCUUACUAUUCUCGAGUCCUGUCUCAUAACGCUGUCUUGGGCGUGGACCAACAGUUGCUCUACAACGAGGACUCGAAGGAGAUCACUCAAGAGUUCGCUGCAGGUUUCGAAGAUUUCAGAAAAUCUUUUGCUUUGGCAAUGUCGAGGAUGGGGUCUAUCAAUGUGUUGACCGGCAAAGCUGGAGAGAUUCGCCGAGAUUGCAGAGUUACUAACGCUAACUACGGUGCUUAAAAUAUAUAAAUAUGGCAUCUUAUUUUAUGUGUGUAUGUGAUUGUUGUACUAUAACCUAAAUAUUUAUGUUGUUUUGAUAAAAGCUUUAAUCAAUAAGGUCGAUAUGGAGAACAAAUAA